GGGGUUUGCGGUUGCGGUGACGGUGUGGCCUUGUCGUUGUCGUUGUCCCCCGGCUGGAGGCACCGAGCGGGGCAGCGAUGACCUUGAGGACGGUGAGCCCGGGAUCGAUCCGCCGGGAGCAGCCCUAAGCCGGCCUCGGACUCCCGGAGCGCACCCCCAGCCCAGGGAGCCCCCCGAACUCGCCGCCGGCCCGGACUCGCCCCGCCGGAGCCAUGUACGGCAGCGCCCGCUCGGUGAGCAAGGCGGAGCCGAGCGGGCAGAGCCCCGGCCGCUCCCCGCGACUGCCCCGCUCCCCCCGCCUGGGCCACCGCCGCACGAACAGCACCGGCGGCAGCGGGGGCGGCCCCGGCGGGCCCGGCGGCGGCGGAGGGGCCGGCGGGAAGACCCUCUCCAUGGAGAACAUCCAGUCCCUGAACGCGGCCUACGCCACGGCGGGGCCCAUGUACCUGAGCGACCACGAGAACGUGGGCUCGGACUCCCCCAAGAGCACCAUGACCCUGGGCCGGGCGGGGGGCCGGCUGCCCUACGGGGUGCGGAUGACGGCCGUGGGCAGCAGCCCCAACAUCGCCAGCGGCGAGCCCGCCGCCCUGGGCGACCACCACCUGCCGCCGGUCAGCAUGGCGUCCACGGUGCCCCACUCGCUGCGCCAGGCGCGGGACAACACCAUCCUGGACCUGCAGAGCCAGCUGAAGGAGGUGCUCCGGGAGAACGACCUGCUCAGGAAGGACGUGGAGGUGAAGGAGAGCAAGCUGAGCUCCUCCAUGAACAGCAUCAAGACCUUCUGGAGCCCCGAGCUGAAGAAGGAGCGGGCCCUCAGGAAGGACGAAGCCUCCAAGAUCACCGUCUGGAAGGAGCAGUAUCGAGUCGUGCAGGAGGAGAACCAGCACAUGCAGAUGACCGUCCAGGCCCUCCAGGACGAGCUCCGCAUCCAGCGGGACCUCAACCAGCUGUUCCAGCAGGACGGCGGGGGCCGGGCCGGGGGCGGGGAGCCGCUGGCGGCCGAGCUGACCGAGGAGAACUUCCAGCGGCUGCACGGCGAGCAUGAGCGUCAGGCCAAGGAGCUCUUCCUCCUGCGCAAGACCCUGGAGGAGAUGGAGCUGCGCAUCGAGACGCAGAAGCAGACCCUCAACGCCCGGGACGAGUCCAUCAAGAAGCUCCUGGAGAUGCUGCAGAGCAAGGGGCUGGCGGCCAAGGCCAGCGAGGAGGACCACGAGCGCACCCGCCGCCUGGCCGAGGCCGAGAUGCACGUCCACCACCUGGAGGGCCUGCUGGACCAGAAGGACAAGGAGAGCAACAUGUUGAGAGAGGAGCUGCACCGUCGCUUUGAGAAUGCCCCCGACUCUGCCAAGACCAAAGCCCUCCAGACCGUCAUCGAGAUGAAGGACUCCAAAAUUUCGUCCAUGGAGCGUGGGCUCCGGGAUCUGGAGGAGGAGAUCCAGAUGUUGAAGUCUAACGGGGCCCUGAGCACCGAGGAGCGGGAGGAGGAGAUGAAACAGAUGGAAGUGUACCGCAGCCACUCCAAGUUCAUGAAGAACAAGGUAGAGCAGCUGAAGGAAGAGCUAAGCACCAAAGAGGCCCAAGGGGAAGAACUGAAAAGCAGAGCAGCCUGUCUCCAGACUGAGAUUGGCCAGGUGAAGCAGGAACUGUCGCGUAAGGACACCGAGCUGUUGGCCCUCCAGACGAAGCUGGAGACCCUCACCAACCAAUUCUCCGAUAGCAAGCAGCACAUCGAGGUGUUGAAGGAGUCCUUGACAGCCAAGGAGCAGAGAGCUGCCAUCUUGCAGACAGAGGUGGAUGCCCUCCGCCUGCGCCUGGAGGAGAAGGAGACGAUGCUGAACAAGAAGACAAAGCAGAUCCAGGAGAUGGCCGAGGAGAAGGGGACUCAGGCCGGGGAGAUCCACGACCUCAAGGACAUGCUGGACGUGAAGGAGCGCAAGGUGAACGUCCUGCAGAAGAAGAUUGAAAACCUCCAGGAGCAGCUGAGGGACAAGGAGAAGCAGAUGAGCAGUUUGAAGGAGCGCGUGAAAUCCCUGCAGGCGGACACCACCAAUACGGACACGGCCUUGACCACUCUGGAAGAAGCCCUGGCUGAGAAGGAGCGGACGAUCGAGCGCCUGAAGGAACAGCGGGACCGGGACGAGCGGGAGAAGCAAGAGGAAAUCGACAACUACAAGAAAGACCUGAAACACGUGAAGGAGAAAAUCAGCCUCCUGCAAGGAGACCUCUCAGAAAAAGAGGCCUCCCUCCUGGACCUGAAGGAACACGCCUCCACGCUGGCCUCCGCUGCGGUGAAGAAAGACUCGCGGCUCAAAGCCUUGGAGAUCGCCCUGGAGCAGAAGAAAGAGGAAUGCCUGAAAAUGGAAACGCAACUGAAGAAGCAUCCCGAAGCGUUAUCAAGCUAUCCGUCAGCCCACGAAGCUACAGCGGAGGCCCGAGCCAGCCCCGAGAUGACCGACCGUAUCCAACAGUUGGAAAAGGAGGUCGCCCGGCACAGGGAGGAAGCCAGCAAGGCCCAAGCAGAAGUCGACCGCCUCUUGGAAAUCCUGAAGGAGAUGGAGAACGAGAAGAACGAUAAAGACAAGAAGAUAGCGGAGCUGGAAAGUCUCACCUCCAGACAGCUGAAAGACCAGAAUAAGAAGGUGGCCACAUUGAAGCACAAGGAGCAGGUGGAGAAAAAGAAGAGCGCCCAGAUGCUCGAGGAGGCUCGGCGGAGAGAAGACAAUCUCAACGACAGCUCCCAGCAGCUCCAGGACAACCUCCGAAAGAAGGAUGACAGGAUUGAGGAGCUGGAAGAAGCACUAAGGGAGAGCGUGCAGAUCACUGCAGAGCGGGAAAUGGUGCUGGCACAAGAGGAAUCAGCCAGGACCAAUGCUGAGAAACAGGUGGAAGAGCUGAUGGUGGCCAUGGAGAAGGUGAGGCAGGAACUGGAGUCCAUGCGAUCCAAACUGUCGUCCACCCAACAGUCCCUGGCGGAAAAGGAGAGCCACUUGACCAGCCUGCGAGCCGAGCGGAGGAAGCACCUGGAAGAAGUCCUGGAGAUGAAGCAAGAAGCUCUUUUAGCGGCCAUCAGUGAAAAAGAUGCCAACAUCGCUCUCCUGGAGCUCUCGUCCUCCAAGAAAAAGACCCAAGACGAAGUGGCCGCAUUGAAGAGGGAGAAGGACCGCCUGGUCCAGCAGCUCAAGCAGCAGACUCAGAAUCGCAUGAAGCUGAUGGCUGACAGCUCCGACGAUGACCACCUCAAAUCCUUGCAUUCCAACCAAACCAACCAGAAGCCCUCCCCGGACCAGAUCGUCCAGCCCCUCUUAGACGUCGACCAGAAUCGCAGCAAGCUCAAGUUGUACAUCAGCCACCUGACCGCCCUGUGCCAGGCUCGAGACCCCCUGAUCCUGCAGGGGCUGACGCCCCCCGGCUCCUACCGCCUGGACCAGGACCUCGCAGCUCGGGACAGUGAGCUGCAGAAGAUGACCCGGGAGCAGCUCCGUGAUGAAUUGGAAAAGGGCGAGCAGGACACUGCCGAACUGCAGGAGUUCGCCAACGCCAUCCUCCAACAGAUAGCCGAUCACUGCCCCGACAUCCUCGAACAGGUGGUCAAUGCCCUCGAAGAGUCGUCCUGACCCCCCACGGCCCGGGGCCUCGUGGCCGGGGAGCCGAAUCCCCGCCCCCCACCCACCCACCUACCACCCAUCCACGAGGUCCUCAUUGUCCAGCAGACCGGCGGGGAGAACCACGGAUAUCGGCGUCCCUGAUCCGGCCCAGGGAUGGGGCGGAGAAAACCCAUCCUCGUUAACGUGAAAACGAAGUCCGAAUCCCUGGCCCGGCCUGGUAGACCGAGAGAUCCGGCCGUCCCUCUGCCUGAUGUUUUCAUUCCUCCCGAGGAGGGAAAAAUAGCAUCUGAGGGAGAGGAGAUGGGAGAGUGAGAGAGAGAGGAAGGUCAGAGAACAAUGAGGAGUGGAAACCUCUCUGAGGGAGACGGCAGAGAGUGGAAAUUGUCCUGUUCCCGGUUGGUCGCUGUUUUGUUUGUUCGGCCACAGGGGACUCCACCUCCCUCCUGUCCUUGUGAAGAGUUGAAAGCCUGGGGAGCCCCUCCCUGUCCUCCUCACCUCUCCUGGGUCGUUCCCCGGUAUUGAGCAGAGGAAGGUGGGGAAAAAGAGCUCACCAUCCUUUUCCCCUCUGCCUGACCGCUGGGGCCGGAGGGCAUGCUGGGCUGGGUUCCUUGGCUCCUACAUCAGACCCUCCCAAACGCCCCCUUAGCACCGUCUCACUGGGCUCCCAGAAGGAAGCUUGCCAUUUUUCCCGGGCGCUGAGAUUCGGAGUGGGUAACGAUGGGGCCCUUGGCUACCGGUGGCCUUGGGACAUCUCCACCCGUGUGCCCAUAGGAGGUCUGAUGGCACCAUCCAGGCUGGCACCUUGUCACAGAUCGAGGUCGGGGCGCUCCAUCCUUGGGAACAGCGGGCUCCCUUCAUUCAGCUUCUCUAUCCUUCUCCCAGCUCCUUCCGAUCCUGCCUCCUCUUGGGACACCCCAGGGGAAUCCAACAGGCUUCCUAGACCCCCCCCCAACCUGCUGUGGCCCUGGCAGAAACGCUGCCUGGCCCAAGCACCUGGCAAAGAACCAGGAGCCUCAGCUCCAGGGAGGGGGAGAUCACUCCAUUCUUCAGAAGGUCUUUUCCCAGCCAAUCCUGUUUUUUUCUAAUCAUAAGAGAGUGAGAUUUUGGUGGGGGUGCAGAGGGAUCGAACAGGACCCCCUCUGCCUUUCGGAUGCCAUUUGGUCCCCGGGGUGCUCGUUUUGAGAGUUUCCAGGGCUCCCUGGCAAAGUGAACAGCUGAUGCCCCCAUUGAGGGAUUUCCAAUCUGGCAUCCCAGAGGAUACCAGGCCAAAGAGCGUGGAGGUUUCGGGCCCACCCGGCGGGUUGGACGGAGCUGCCGUCCUAGAACCUUCUCGGCUGCGUUUUCUCCCUCUCCCCCAUUUACCCGCUGGAGGAAUUUUAAUGCCGCCAGUAAAGUCCUCACCGCCGCAGGUCCGAAACCCUCCCACCAUCCCGUUAACUUAUAUGGUCAAAUCCCCAGCCUGUCCCAGCAGAAACCUGCCCCUUCUCCCUGCCAGGGGCCGUGGAAUUUACCUUAUCGAUGUCUUAAACGAAUUCAGCUCAUAAACCUGUUACCGAGAUGUCCCCUGAUAGCAGAGGAGGCUGGGGAGGGGUGAGAGAAGAGGGACUCGGCUCCGGUCUCCCGAGGGCCGAGGACCCGUGUCCUGUUCGUUGAUUGCACCGUCUAGAAAUCGCCAGGCUCAGAGUUGGGGCACCUUGAGGGGGUUCCAUGGAGGCGGCCAACUUGGAGCCCAGAAACCAGGCCGGCAGAGAGGGGGUGACUCCGGACGCCUGCCGUGCUCCCCACCCGUUCUUCAUUCUGGGACAGGAUCCCCGUGGUUCAGAAUCCCCCCCUAGCUUGGCCACUCCUGUCAGCCCCUCGAUCUUCCCCUGGAAUUCCCACCUUCAGCCAGGAUCGAAGCCCUAGGGAGAAGGGAAGAUCCUAUCUGGGAACAGACAGGACCCGGCCGUGUCUCCAGGGAACUAAGACCCGCCAUCUCCACGGUCCUCCUCGCUCAGAUCCACUCACAAGAACCAAAGUCCCUGGCAAGGGGAGAGAUGGGACCUGCAGAGUCCUCCCUGAGCCUUUGAGUAGGGAGGGUCGACUGGUGAAGAACGCUUUAAUAGGAAAAUGCUUGCUCCUCUCAUCUUCCCUCCCUACCAUCCCAAAGUAUUAGUGGCCGAUUCCAGGAGAAAUCCAGGAUCCGCGAUACAGGAAGUUUGUCUGUGGCAAAGCGGGGUGAAUGGAAUCCCCCAAACCCGCCUCCCCACAACCCAGAAAAGCCCCCUCCCCGUCUCCAGCCUCCACUGUGUCCAGCCAACUGGAGGAACGCUAGGAAAGAAGAUGGCCACCAGGGUGGUCCCAUCGUUGGUCACUUGAUGGGAGAAGGUCCCAGUGUGGACGGUGCCCCUCGCCCACCCGUCUUCCUCCCCAAACACCACUUCCCCCUAGAUCUGGGACAGCUCAGGGCUGCCUGGAGGAGUGGGCAGGGGGCUUGGGAAGGCCUCUGAGUUCUGGUCGAUCACAUCCUUCACACUCCCCCCUUGCCCAGAGGCUCAGGUUCUUGCUGGGAUUGAUCGGUGGCGUGGGCUGGAGGUGGAGGCGGAAGGUCAGCUCUGGGGGUGCUUUUGGGGAACCCAGUGAGAAGCCUCCGCCCCCGCCUCCAGUCUUGGGAGGGUGGUCUUUGAAGUUGAAGCAGAGCCCAGGGUCAGCUGGGCCUGGACGGGGAGGGGAGAGAGCCGGCUGCAGCCACCCCAGGUGACCCCAUCCGAUUUGGGGGGGGCGGGGGGCGGGGGGAGCCCGGAGCCUGUCACUGAAAGAAGCUUUUUGUACCGCCUGAGUCUCUUCCCUUUGAAGCCACCGAGGGAAGGGGAGAGGAAACCGCCCUUCUCUCGAAGGCAAAUCUUUCUGAACAAAAUGGCUGCCUCUGCCACCUCUUUUUAAAUCAAAAACUGUUUCCAAACUUUUUAGUGUCAAACCUGACCCCAAGAGCCCCUCCUUCCCUGCCCCCGCCCCCCAACCUUUUCCGACGUGUUUGGCAAGUGCUGUGAUCCCCCUGUCCUCAGUAGUCCGUCCUCCCUACUUUGCGGGGAGGGGUUGGUUUUGGGGUUUGGUUGGGGGGGAGGGCCAAGGGGAGCUGCUGUCCCCCUCCCCCUCGUUCUGUUUAUCUGCUUGUCGAUAUCGUCUGUGUGGUCCAGAGAACUGGCGCAGUCACUGACCGUGUGUGUCCUUUGUCGAGAUUUAAAAUUUUAAAAAUGGGGGGCUUGGGGUGGGCGGGGGGCUAGUAAGUAGGACUGAAAUACCGAGCUGUGUUUUUAAAAAUCUCAAAUCCAAUAUUUAAGGAAUUCAAGCUGGGCAGCAGUGGCGAGCGGUGGGGGACUCCAGGUUUAAAGGCUGGACCGUUGGCAUCCGGGGACGACGCUGGACCGUCCCGGGCCUCGGGGCAGGGGGUGGGAGGAGUCGGCGGGCCUGGUCUCGGGGGUCUCCUCCGGCCCGGAUGCCCGACCGAGGGGUGGCCAAGGGGCCCAGUCUCCCGACCGGCCCCGGACCCCUCCCACCUUCCUUUGGUGCUAUCUCUCCCGGGGUCCACCCCGUUCUCCAGGCCGGACCCCCGCCGGUCCAGUCUCACCCACGUGUCAGCCCCUCGUGGGCCCGGGCCCAACUCCGCCACUGACCUCUGCAGGCCUCGGGCGGGCCGGGCUCCCUUGGGUGGGCAGGGUCCAGAAGGGGGUAUGGGCAAAAUGGGGUAAUAUCAUUAGGGUCCCCACCUCACGGCCCCCCGCUCCCCUCUCCCGGGUCAGUCCCGGCAGCCCCCGCUGUGUCCGCUGGGAGACGUCGCACUUUAGUGGCGGAGGUGGGGAGGGGAAGAAAGGGAGGGUGCCCCCCGCCGCCCCCACCCACCUCGUAGCUUGAGUUUCUUUGGGUGGCAGUGGGGUCUGCAACCUGGAGACCACCCCGCGACUGUGUGUGUGUAUGUGUGGUGUGUGUGUGUGUGUGCUUGUGCACGCACGCACACGUGUGUGUGUGUGUGUGUGUGUGUGUGUGUUGCUGGAGUCGUGUUACUGACCGGAUAAUGGAACGGCAAAGAGAAUCGUCUUAUACUCAACUCUGCCUUGAGAAUUAUAAACACUUUGUUCUUUUUUUUUUUCCUUCUUUUUUUAUUCACAAACUAAAAUCCAUCAGGAAACGAUAAAGUUAUUUAAAAACUCG